AUGGGUGUCUCCGGUACGCUGGGGGCGAAUAUCAUCGCCCGUGACGCGGAUCUCAUCAUUGUGGUAGGUUCCCGCUUGAGUGAUUUCAUUACAGCCUCAAAGACCGCAUUCCAGCAUCCGGAUGUGCGCUUCAUCACCAUCAACGUAGCGGAGUUUGACGCUGCCAAACACGCAGCACUAUCGCUGACCGCAGAUGCGCGCGUAACGCUUGAAGAACUCGGUGACGCCGUUCAAGGCUACCAUGUCAAUCUGGACUACGCUGCCCAAAUCGCAAAAUUGCGUGAGGAAUGGGACGCCGAGGUAGACCGAAUCUAUCACCCGGAUCACAGCGAGACCCUCAGUCAGGGCGAAGUGAUUGGGGUAGUGAACGAGUUCUCAGAUCCGAAGGAUGUGCUUAUUGGUGCGGCGGGCAGCCUACCGGGCGACGUCCAAAAGCUGUGGCGCACUCGCGACCCCAAAGGGUAUGAUGUGGAGUUCGGCUACUCCUGCAUGGGCUACGAGGUUGCAGGCGGGUUAGGGAUCAAGAUGGCAGAUCCAAGUCGCGAGGUCUACGUGCUGGUCGGUGAUGGCUCUUACCUGCUGAUGGGACAGGAGAUUAUGACGGCAGUUCAGGAAGGGUACAAACUGACCAUCGUGCUGGUGAACAACUACGGUCACAGCAGCAUCAACGGGCUUUCCGAGGCAACAGGCGCACAGGGAUUUGGAACGAAAUUCCUAUAUCGUAACGAUGCCACGGGUCAGCUUGACGGUGAGACGUUGCCGGUGGAUUUGGUUGCGAAUGCCGCAAGCCUUGGGGCACGCGUCAUUGAGGUAGAUUCGGCAACGAGCCUGAAAACGGCACUCGGAGAGGCGAAGGCGUCUGAUCGCACAACGGUGAUCAAGGUCGAUGUCGAUUUUGAGAAGCGCGUCCCCAGCUACGAAUCGUGGUGGGAUGUGCCCAUCGCCGAAGUCUCUGAGGUAGGCACCGUGCAGCAAGCGUACGAGGAAUAUGAGACUGCCAAGCAGAAGGAGCGUUAUUUCCUGUAA